UCUCAUGAAAAACGUUGAAGAACUUGGGCAGAAUCCAAGGUUUAUUUUGUUAAUGUAUUGCCUAACCUUGUGGUCUCCUCCUGGUGCGUGUGUUCAGUUGUCUCUGAAGUUGGAGAGGGCAGUACAGUCUCCACCCUUGACUCUUCAGUUGGAAAAAAGAAAUGCCAACUUUCUCCGUUAUGGGUUUGCAGUAUGCGAACUCCCUUUUUAUGAAAUAUGCAGCUCAAAUGUAUCAAGAAUCAAAUGUUCAGAGUUAGGAUGCUGUUUCCACAAAGAAACAUGCUAUAAGAAAGCUGUACCACAAUACAUGAAAGCAUUUAUUGGCUUAAUAGUGGUCGUCAUGGUGGUCUUCUUUUUAUUUAUGCUGUAUAGCUGUUGCACAGGUAAAAAGAAAAAGUCAUUUGUAAAGGCAGAAGAUGAAUCUGAUUCAAGCGACAGUUCUACAGACCCUCAAGAACAGGAGGAUGGGGAUUAA